UGGCUGUUAAUGAGAGCUGCUAAUUCUCAUCGCCAAACCGAAAGCCGAGCGGCAAAAGUAAUUGAAAAGCCAAUGGCGAAAAAAUCGCCCUGUGCGGAACUGAUGAACUUGAAACCAACCAUUAAGCGACAGAUGGCUGAAGAAACAUUAACGGUUUGCUGAUGUCGGUAACAGGCGACCCACUAGCUGGCAUGGGGGAUUUUCCGAAAAACAAAAAAAACACUCGAACUCGUUCACUUACGUUAAACCACACCGUUGCGAAGCUUCCGCCGCACUAACAAACAAUAACAAUUGAUGGAACAUCAUGUCGGGUUUCACCUGGCGGAGGAAACUCACCGUUAGAAGAUCGGUGACCCGGUAUUCCACUAUUGGAGCAUUUUCUCGAAGGUAACGGCCGUUAAAGUCACUUUGACUGACAGCAAUUGAAGCGGCAUCAUGCCAGAUUUGCUCGCCCCAGUUCAAGUUUCCCUACUGAUCAAGUUUUUCAGAUACGCCUUUCUGAUUCCCGGCAUUUUUUAUGGGGCCGGGAAACUGAAGGCGCUCAGAGCUCUGGAAGCGAGCAGACCUGAAGAAGCUGCUAGAAAACGGGCGCUCAGAGCGGCUCAGCUGGCCGAAGAGAAGCAACUGGCUGCUGAGCGGGACUUUGAGCAAAUUGUGGAAAUAUUCCGGCCGCUCCCUAACGUUGGAGCACUUGGGCCAAGUGGCUUAAAGCAAGAAACUGUCUUAGAACCUGGGUCUACAAGUGAUGUGCAGUUUGAGGGGUUGUACAACAAGCCCUUGGGUUUGACCGAACAAGAGCCCGACCGGUAUGUGAUUGAGGAUUUUGAAAAAGCCCCCAUUUUACGUCUUGAGGAUGGCGAGUGCCGGACACCUCCCGAAUGAUGCGGCAGGUUUUGACGUAAAUUAGUUCCAAUCAGCCUGAUGCAACGGAAAAAUGUUUUUUUUUUAAUAACCGUUGACCAGAUGCUUUAAUUUAAUUAUGAAAUAUACGUUUUUAAUAAUAGCACUGUUGCCAUCCGUUGACCGCAAGUGUGAUAAAAGACUUUCUAUAUGGCGGCCGCUCUACAAUAGACAUUGUUUGCUU